AAAAGUACAAGACUUCCCUCUGAAAUGUAGUAUAAAGUAGCACAAAGUUGACAUACUCAAGUAGAAGUAUCUCAAAGUUGUACAUGAGUAAAUCCACUGAGUUACUCCACAACAAAAACUACCAUUUUGUUCUCAAUUUUCAGUAAAACCAAUUUGGCAAGGUCCUCCUUAAAGGCAAUCGGCCCAGGAUUUCUUUAAAAUUGGGUUUAAGGACAAAAAAGACUGAAAGAAAUAACUUUUAAGAUUGCUGUGUUGUUGCUCUUAAUCAUCACAGACGACACAGAGGAAUGUGGGAGAAACAGCCUGAGUGAUAAAGAGUUUUUUUUCAAAAAGCUCUGGUCACUCUUUUGUAUAUAUGUCUGCAGUUAUACAGGCCUGUGAAAAGAAAAGGCGUCAGAAAAGCUUUGGGGCAAGAGAGAGACAGGAGAAAGCUCUGUGUGAUACGGCGAGUGUAACACAAAUUAAUCUGAUUAAAGAAUUACAGCAUUCCACUGCAGAAACUCACAUAAUCAUCCAGGCAAAAAAUUCAGGUUUACAGUGUUGUAACGUUGGAAGUUCAGCUGCCCUGUGGUCGUUUGUGCUUGUUAACAGCAUACAAAACUGUGUCUCCGUUUUAUAAAUGUCAAGCCUCAUUACAAAUCAAUUAUACUGCAUCUAGAGAGCUGUCUGGGUAGCUUUCCUCCAGAGAGUUGGCACACAUAAGCACAAGUCAUCAAAUGAGGCAGGGCGGGUUAAUGAGUGACUAGGCUGGGCAGAAGGGCAGGUACUCUUUACAUGUUCACAUAGAGGCUAAACGUGGAAACGCGUCACCUGAAUUAAAUAGAAGAUAAUCCAAAAAUACUUUACUGUAAACAUCAGAAGAUGAGCGCCCAUCCAUAAUCGAGCUCGGACAAUCAGCCGACCCUGAUUGGAGUCUUUUCCUCUCAAAAUACGAGUCAUCGUGGGAGCCGGAGUCGCCAUGGAGACAGUGGUGAUAGUGGCCAUUGGGGUGUUGGCCACCAUUUUCCUGGCCUCCUUUAUUGCCCUGGUGAUGGUGUGCAGACACCGCUACUGUCACCCUCAUGACCUGCUGCACCACUUUGACUCCAAGCCCACAGUGGAUCUGAUCGGAGCCAUGGAGACCCAGAGUGAGCCAUCAGAACUGGAGCUGGACGACGUGGUCAUCACCAACCCUCACAUCGAGGCCAUCUUGGAGAAUGAGGACUGGAUAGAGGACGCCUCUGGAUUGGUCUCUCACUGCAUCUCCAUCCUAAAGAUCUGCCACACUUUGACUGAAAAGCUAGUUGCCAUGACAAUGGGUUCAGGGGCAAAGGUCAAAGCACCGGCCAGCCUGAGUGACAUCAUCACUGUGGCCAAACGGAUCAGCCCGAGGGUGGACGAUGUGGUCAGAUCCAUGUACCCUCCUCUGGAUCCAAUCCUCCUGGACGCAAGGGCCACAGCUCUCCUGCUUUCAGUCAGCCACUUGGUACUGGUUACUCGCAAUGCCUGUCACAUGUCCGGCAGUAUGGACUGGAUCGACCAGUCGCUUCAUGCAGCCGAGGAUCACAUGGUGGUUUUGCGUGAGGCAGCCCUGGCCUCUGAACCGGAACGAAGCAUACCUGGAGCUGACGCACAGAGAGAACACGCCAUCUAGAGCAAAUGCAGAUUAUAAAACACAAACAAGAGGGUGUGAAAAUAAGUCAAUUUUUUCCUUGAGGUGCCUUUUUUAAAAAUUCGGCACACAGUUGACACUUAAGGCACAUAUUCUGCCAGACGGUAUUGGAAAGGCACCCAAACUCAUUACCCAAAUACGUCUGAGCAGUAAAGAGGCGAUGCAGGGACUUCAUUCUGUCCCUAGAAUUUUUUUCUUUAGCAUAUUUGCACCAAAAAGUGCCACAGCCACAUCGUAAUACCUCUAAAGUAGAUGUCACAUAUUCAGAUACAGGUAGGUUUUUCUAUAUGUCAUCCUGCAGCAGGUCUUUUCAGAGUUAGUCUAUUUAAGAGGUAAGCUGCCUGCAAGUGAAAAGGCCAUUGGAAAUUUCUUCCCGAGUGCACCAUCAACCCAGCGGUAGGCCUAAAUCCAAUCUCGCCUGCACUGCACAGUCACAUGGAGGCUUAGUCAACUAAUCCAUUUUGAGGAAAAUAACACCCAGUUAGCCAGUGAACCCAAAGGGGCUCCAACUCAGUGGACCAAUGGAAGACCAGACUGGCUUAUUUACAAUUUGUGGGGUCAGCAUGACUUGUGGAACAUCCCUCAGAUGCUCUUACACUGUCAAAAUCACCGAUCUGUAAGAGACCAGCAGCUGCAGUUUCAGCAGCACGGUCAAAGUUUUUUCCAGUCGAGUGGAAAAGCUGGUAUCCCUUCUUCAUUUUAUCCAGGCUAGCAGCAUGUUUCUCUGUCGGUAAAUCACUUUAGCGCACACUGAAAUAUCUCAACAUCUACUGGAUGGGUUGCCACAAAUCUUUAAACAUUCCUGGUUCCCAGAGGAUGAACCCUAAAGACUUUAAUGAUCCCCUUAACUUUACUCUAACGCCACCAGCAGGUUCAAGUUAAAUUUGUCCAGUACACUAAUUUAAUGACAUUUCCAUCAGCCUGAAUUUUGUUAGCAUGCUAAGACUCGAAACAAUAGUGCAAACAUUAUCCCUGCUGAAUAUGAGCACGUUAGCAUUGUUAUUUUUAAGUACAGAGUACCCAGAGCACCUAGCUGGCUGUACGAAGUCAGUGCUACACAGUGAGUCAUGAAACACUUUUCACUGGCAACAAACUGUUU